UAAGUCCACAUAGAAAGAUGUCCUUGGAGAAAAUGAAAGAUCUCUGCCUGGAGGGAAAAUACCUACAACCAGAAACGAAAGAAGUGAAUGGAAUCCUCAUGACCAAGAUAAUGAGUGAUAACUGGGACAAAAUCUGGAAUUUCCAAGCAAAACCUGAUGAUCUCCUCAUUGCGACCUAUGCAAAGGCAGGCACAACCUGGACACAGGAGAUUGUGGACAUGAUCCAAAAUGACGGAGAUGUGCAGAAGUGCCAGCGGGCCAACACCUUUGACAGGCAGCCUUUCAUCGAGUGGACUCUGCCCCCGCCCAGCCCCUCAGGUCUGGAUCGAGCCAACAAAAUGCCCUCUCCUAGAACUCUGAAGACUCAUCUGCCUGUUCAGAUGCUGCCACCUUCCUUCUGGAAAGAAAAUUCAAAGAUUAUCUAUGUGGCUAGAAAUGCCAAGGACUCUCUGGUGUCCUACUACCACUUCUCAAGAAUGAAUAAAAUGGUGCCUGAUCCUGGUACGUGGGAGGAAUAUGUUGAGACAUUCAAAGCUGGAAAAGUGCUGUGGGGCUCCUGGUAUGACCAUGUAAAGGGAUGGUGGGAUGCGAAAGACCAGCACCGCAUUCUCUACCUCUUCUACGAGGACAUGAAGGAGGACCCAAAGCGGGAAAUUCAGAAGAUAGUGAAGUUCCUAGAGAAAGACACGCCGGAGGAAGUUCUGGAUAAAAUCAUCUAUCACACCUCAUUUGACAUCAUGAAACAAAACCCAAUGGCCAACUACACCACUUUACCGACCAGCAUCAUGGACCACUCUAUCUCCCCUUUUAUGAGGAAAGGGAUGCCUGGGGACUGGAAGAACCACUUUACUGUGGCUCAGAAUGAAGAAUUUGACAAGGACUACCAGAAGAAGAUGGCAGGAAGCACCCUGACCUUCCGCACAGAGAUCUGAGAGCAACUGGUCAGGACUUCCUUACUAGGUUUUAGACAUUUGAGCCUCAUAACCAAGGAUUCUUAAGACAAUGACACCCUUCCUCUAAUCCUAAGCUUUUCUACACUGUCCGUAGAUUCUAUGCCACUAUAAUAACUUCAUUAAAUGUAAUCAAAUCCUGAGUAGAUGUUUAAAGUUAAAUGAUAUGAUCAUUCAUGUACUCACCUGCCACAUGAUACUACCUACACUAAGGCAAAAUAAACACCCGAGUGAACUCCAUCACUAGUUUACAAUAGCCUGGCCUCCCAGAGGCAAAUUCAUGAAAAGAGAGAAAUAAACAAGAGUAGAGAUUCAACAUAAGAGAAAAUGAACAAGAGAAGCAAAGAAGAUGAGAAGUGACCAUGAGGGAGAAUGUGAAAGGGGAACCAGUUUUUAUCCUUACCAGUCAAGAAUGAGACACAGUGCCGGCCCUGUGGCUUAGCGGUUAAGUGCGCGUGGCUUAGCAGUUAAGUGCGUGUGCUCCACUACUGGCAGCCCGGGUUCGGAUCCCGGAUGCACACCGACGCACUGCUUCUCCGGCCAUGCUGAAGCCACGUCCCACAUACAGCAACUAGAAGGAAGUGCAGCUAUGACAUACAACUAUUUACUGGGGCUUUGGGGAAAAAAAUAAAUAAAAUUAUAAAAAAAAAAAAAAAAAGAAUGAGACACAGAGGAUGGCCCAGCUCUGAGAGAUAUUAGGUUACGAGGUACAGAGGAUGAAAGGAGGAAGGGAAGCCAGUGAGCUGCACCUGACUUGGGCAGUCUCAAGCCGGAGAUGGUCUGAAUACCAAAGAGAAAGGCCAAAGUUGGGCAACAAGUGAUGAGGAGCACACGAUUAACAUGAAACAGCCCACUUCUGUGGCCACUACAAGGCUGGAAAGCAGAAAAAGAUUUUAUAUUUCAAGUGGACUUCUUAGACAGAGAGGAAAAAAUCCUUAGAUUAGCACAAGGAAAAAAUAAAAUACAAUAGCCAGCAUCACAUGCACUUUAAGGAAAACUUGAAUUGAUAUUCCCUUAUCUCUGGGAAGAAUCACGUUUUAUGCUUCUUAAAAAGACGCUUCUAGCAAAAUUGUCAGGAUUGGCCAACACGUGUAAUUGUGUUCUGCUGCUUCUUUUUAUUAAAACCUAUCUCAAGAAAGUGUGUACCAUCAUUUACACAAUUUGUGCAAAGAUCGGUGCAUUAUUUUAAAAGGUCAGGAAGGUGCAUUUUGUAGGAGUUGUGCUUUCCUGUGCCACUAAAUCAUACGAUACAGAAAAUUAUCUGCUCCACCCAGGAACAAAUUAAGCUCUGUUUGCAUUCUUUCAUCUUUCUACUUUCUAAGGUAAACAUGCGACUCAUUAGCCAUGUGACAAAUAAUCCGAUAUAGGAUUUAGGCACAGUGCUGAGCUGCACCGAGGAGGAAAGAUAAGGUGAAGGGAGCCAGCAGAUUGAAUAGCACAUAAACUUUUAUCAGGAAACCCUCACACCACGUGUCUUCAGUGUACAUUCCAGGAACUACCUAAAAAUUUAGACAGCAAGCACGUAACAGCUCCUUCUCUGUAUACCAUGUAGCAGAGGCAUAUAGGAGGUAAUGGUAAG